CUUAUUGGGCCUUUAUUUACAAUUUUUAGUUUAGGCCCACAUCAAAUUUUCGUAUGCUGUUGGGCACAAACGACGACGUAUCUUUAAAUAUAUAUUAAUUUUUUAUUAAUGUCAUUACAUUGAUUGCAAUUACCUAAUUUGAAACCUAUUCCUAGGGUUCUUGUUGCCCCCAAUUCUCAAUUUAUUCUGUACUCUCUUCAUAGUUCGAACACUCCUUACUCCUCUUCGUUCCCGUUUCACUGAACAAUUUCCGACGAGUAACGGCGGCGCAUCGUCGGCGAUGGCAUCACUUCAAGAAAGUUUGUCGAAAUUCAAGAAACAGCAAGAGAAAUGCCAGUCGACACUCACGAGCAUUGCAGCGAAAGCAGAAUCGUCUAGGGCCAGGUCUAAAUCGAUGUCCACAAUUACCUCGGCUUCGGCAAUUGCAAAGUCUCCUCCAACCCCAAUUAAAUUCUCGAACGAUACGGAACGGCUCCAGCACAUUAAUAGCAUAAGAAAAGCUCCUGUCGGGGCUCAAAUGAAACGUGUCAUUGAUUUGCUCUUUGAGAAAAGGCAAGCCUUAACUCCCGAGCAAAUAAACGAAGCGUGCUACGUGGACAUGAUUGCGAACAAGGCUGUGUUCGACAGUUUAAGGAACAAUCCAAAAGUGAGAUAUGACGGAAAGCGACUCUCGUACAAGUCGAAACAUGAUUUGAAAGACAAGAGCCAACUUCUCGUUCUGAUCCGGAAGUUUCCCGAAGGUAUUGCCGUUAUCGAUCUCAAAGACUCGUACCCCACAGUCUUGGAGGAUUUACAGGCCUUGAAAGCAUCUGGACAAAUUUGGCUUCUAUCGAAUUACGACUCACAAGAGGACGUAGCUUACCCGAACGAUCCGAGGGCCGUGAUUAAAGUAGAUGAUGAUCUGAAGCAGUUGUUUCGAGGGAUUGAACUGCCACGAGAUAUGCUCGAUAUGGAGAGGGAUUUACAGAAGAAUGGGAUGAAACCCGCCACCGACACAGCAAGGAGAAGGGCAAUGGCGGAUAUUCACGGCGUGCCACCUAAGCAGAAGACGAAGAAGAAGAAGAAUGAGAUUAGCAAGAGGACUAAGCUUACGAACUCUCACCUUCCGGAACUUUUCAAACACCUGAACGUGCCUGGUUCGUGAGGGCCGAUGAAGCUGGAUUUGGUUAUUAAGUACUCGUUUAGGUUGGAUUAGAUGUCGUAGUAUUCGAUUAGUUAUGGAGAACUUUGGUUUUACGACUUGCUUUCGGGAGGUAGGAUUGUGUUUUUUUUUUUUUUUCCUCCGUUGUUCUUGGUUCAGGAAUUGUUAUGUAUUAUGCUGUAGCCAAUUGGUGUGGAAUUAUAUAGCAUGUUAAUAUCCUAGGGUCUUGUUUGGCUA